AUGAAAUUUUUGAUCCUUGCCUGUUUGUUCGCCGCUGCCGUGGCUGCUCCUGGUGGAUUAUAUGGCGGCCAUGGUGGUUAUAUUAGCGGCGGCUAUGCAGCUCCAGCCAUUAGUUAUGCUGCUCCUGCUGUUAGUUAUGCAGCUCCUGCCGUCAGUUAUGCCGCUCCAGCUAUCGUGAAAACUGCCGUUGCUGCCCCUGCCAUCAGUUAUGCUGCUCCAGCUGUUAGUUAUGCUGCCCCGGCGGUAAGCUAUGCUGCACCAGCCGUCGUUAAGGCUGUAGCUCCCGCUGCCACCAGUUAUUCGACUUUCAGCACUGUCGUCAGCCACCCAGCCGCCGUUAAAGCUGUGGCCGUUGCCGCUCCAGCUCCUGUCGUUAAAGUAGCUGCUGCUCCCGCCAUUUCAUAUGCUGCACCAGCUGUGUCCUAUGCUGCUCCAGCCAUUAGUUAUGCUGCACCUUCAUACUCAUAUGCUGCUCCAGCUGUUUCCUACAAAGCCAUUGCUGCCGCUCCAGCAAUCAGUUAUGCCGCACCCGCCUUAUCCUAUGGUUAUGGACAUGUAAUGGUCAAAACAAUGAUAGAUUACAGUAACGUCGAAGGCAUCCAAACGGGCAGUCCUAUCCUGAUUUCUUUGAUUGCCGCAGCCGUCGCUGCUCCUGGUGGAUUAUAUGGCGGUCAUGGCGGUUAUUAUGGUGGUGGCAUUAGCUAUGCUGCCGCUCCCGCCGUCAGCUAUGCUGCACCGGCUAUAAGUUAUGCCGCCGCCCCUGCUGUCAGCUACGCCGCCGCACCUGCCAUUAGUUAUGCUGCCCCUGCCGUUCAAGUUGCUGCCGCUCCUGCUAUUAGUUAUGCCGCCCCAGCUGUCCAAGUUGCUGCCGCCCCGGCUGUUGUUAAGGCUGUCGCUGCACCACAAGCUACCAGUUUCACCACAUUCAGCAGUGUAACCAUUUCCUAUGCUGCCCCGGCCGUUAAAGUUGCCGCUGUUGCUGCUGCGCCCGCCAUUUCAUAUGCCGCUCCAGCUGUUUCCUAUGCUGCUCCUGCCAUCUCGUAUGCUCCAUCAAUUUCUUAUGCCGCUCCUGCCGUUUCCUACGCUGCACCAGCAGUUUCCUAUAAGGCUGUAGCUGCUGCACCAGCCAUUAGUUAUGCUGCGGCUGCACCCGCCAUUUCAUUGGGUUAUGGUUAUGGCGGCUAUGGUGGUUAUGGCUAUGGUCAUGGACACCACUAA